UCAACCUCUAAAGACUUACCCCAGAAUGUCGCAACUGAAGUAUAUCAAACCUUCCAUUGAUGACCCAGAAAUUAAGCCAAAUAAUUAAAAGAAACAAUUAAGAUGAUGAACCUCUUGGCCUUGUCUCUCGUUGUGACUUCACUGGCAGCAGCAGGAGUGUGGUCUCCCAGUCCAGAGAAGCAGAAGCAUGGAGUGGACGUGAUAGUGAAAGAAGUCCAUAGAACGAUUGUCAUUGAGUAUGAUGAAGAUGGUCAGCCCAUUACCAAAGUCUCUAUCUCGCCAGAAGAGCAACAACAUGCCAACAACAUGGCUAAGGAGAAGAAGAUCGAAGAAGCCUCCUCUGUAAACGGUGGGAGAGAGAGCCAUGUUUUUCCUAAGGAGCUCAUAUGCGAUGCCUUUGGUAAAUGCAAGCACAGGGUAGCAAGUGCAAUGGGUAAGGCUAAGGAGAGGGUAUCCGAGGCGGCACACGAGGCGAUCGAGAAGAAGGAGGAGAUGGCACACGAGGUGGGAGAGGCUGCAAGCCAUGCAUUAGGUAAAGCCAAAGAAACGGUGUCUCAGAAAGCUCACGAGACAAUAGGCGAGACAAAGGAGAGGACACACGAGGUGGGAGAGGCUGCAGGCCAUGCAUUAGGUAAAGCCAAAGAAACGGUGUCCCAGAAAGCUCACGAGGUUGAAGAACGCGCUAAAGAGUCUGUAGAAGCUGCCAUGGGUAAGGUGAAGGAGGAAAAGGACAUUAUAGCGAUGAAUGUAUCUGAUAAAGCGGAGAAGGCUAAAGAGGAGGCGGUGAAGAAAGCCAAAGAAGCUUCGGACAAAGUCAAGAGGGGAAUACUUGGGCACGGGAGACAGGUCGGGCAUGAUGCUGUGAAGUACGUGACAUCAGCGGAGGCGAUGGGUGUGGUGAACUUGCUGGGGUUCGCCACGGCUUAUGGGAUGUGCAUGUGGGUUACGUUUAUUUCGAGCUAUGUGUUGGCCGCGGUGAUGCCGCGGCAGCAGUUCGGGAUUGUUCAGAGCAAGAUAUAUCCGGUGUAUUUCAGGGCCAUGGCUUGUAGCAUUGCGAUGGCUUUGUUGGGGCUGGUGUUGGGCAAUGGGAGAAGGAUGUUCUCAAGCACGGUUGCAAUGUUGCAGGGCUGUAAUCUUUUGGCAUCGCUUUUGAUGGUUUUCCUCAAUGCGCUUUACUUGGAGCCACGGGCCACCAAGGUGAUGUUUGAGAGGAUGAAGAUGGAGAAGGAAGAGGGGAGAGGAAGAGAGGAAUUAACUGCUGAUGAGCCCAGCCGGGUCUCUGAUCAGGCGCAGCCGCCAGUUGCUGAUGCUACAGCUUCAACUACAACAAGCACGGCUCCUGCAGCGCGAGCAGAGCAGGAAGUGGUCAGGUCUCGGAUGGGUAGACUGAGUGACAGGCUAAAGAAGCUGAACUCCUACUCUUCUUUCCUCAAUAUACUGACCCUGAUGGCUCUCAAUUGGCAUCUUGUUUACCUCGCCCACCUUCUUCACUUGAUCACCUGCUAAUGAAUGGAGCGCGCUGCCUGUUUUCUAUAAUAUUCUUGUAUAUGUAUAUGAUAAUGAUAUGUUGCUGCUGUGUGUGUAUAUAUAAUUAAAUAUAUGAUGCUUGUAAAGUUGUGCUCUUAAUUGGUUUUGUAAAACGCAAGCUUUAGUAGAGAAACCUUCUUGCAUUUUCUGUGUUAAUGUUACAAUAAAGAAUGAAAU